AUGGAUAUAUUCUUGCUUUUUAAAUUUCUUGCCCGAAAAUUCAAUCGAUCUUUUAUUUCAUUUCUUAUAAUUACCACUAUACUUUUGGCAAAAUAUCCCUUCUUUGACGUAAAUAGCAAAGGAGCUAGUAAUUUAGUUAAAAAUUCAAAACAUAUUAAUCAUAAUGUGAAAUACAAUGAUAAAGUAUAUGAUUCAGAUUCCAUUAUAUAUAGUCGUCAGAAUGUGGGAAAAGGAAGAGGAAAAAAUAGGGGUCGUGUCUUUGGACUUCCUAUAAUAUCUGAUUUAAUUAAAACUAAAGAAGCACCUAACUUGGUUC